CAGGCAGCCCUGUAGGUCUUGCGUCCCCUUCCUGCAAGAACGGCAGCCUGUCAAUGAGACAAAUAAAUAAACAGGACUUAACGGUGAACCAUCGUCCACAACAAGACUGAGAGGCAGUUGGGUGAAACAGGAAAGAUGAGGCACCACAUUAGUUUCAUCGUCGCCCUUCGUGCCUUCCUUGUUGCCGGCUUGGUUUUAAAAGGACCAGGACCCUGCCGUCGAGGGUGGCUGGCCUACCGUGGCUUUUGUUACGGGGUUUUCCAAGAGAAGAAAAUGUGGGGAGAUGCUCAGGUCGACUGCCACAGGAUGGGAGCCCACCUUGCCUCCCUCCACAGUAAUGAAGAGGCCGUACAGGUAUCUAAGUAUGUCUCCAUGCAUGUUCAAGGACAGCAGAAUGUCUGGAUUGGACUACAUAUUCCUUCUAAAAACAAACCAUGGACAUGGGUGGACCAUACUCCGCUCAGGUACACGGCCUGGAAAAUUGGGGAGCCAAAUAAUUACGUGCUGAGCCUUCGCGAUGAAGACUGCGUUGAGCUCAACAGUGGCCUAGAAUAUCUGCGCUGGAAUGACGUCAAGUGCACGGCCCACCGCGCCUAUCUCUGCAAGUACCCUAAUGUUCCUCUGUGCCUCACCUGUGGAUAUGCCCUCCUCUUGAAGGGCUAUCCAGUCCAAAACGGAUUUAAAGAAAGGCAGUGUGGGACCUUGAAGGCGAGGACCAUGCGGUUGACGUCUUUCUCCCGUCUCCACCACUCUGCUCUCCAGGUCACCAUCACCCUUCUUGUGGGAUGGAGCGCUGCAAGCUUUCUAACGCUAAACCUUCACUCCAGCAGGAUUGCUCGCGCUCCAAAGAAAGCACCCCCCGGCGCUAAAUGCCUCGAGGGCUGGAUGACCUACAAGGAGUGUUGCUACGGAUUUUUCACCGAAAUGGAAACGUGGUGGGACGCAGAAGAGAAGUGUCGCUACAGCCCGGCUGCCCGGACUCACCUCGCCUCCAUCCUUGAUGACGAAGAGAUGGACGCCGUGGCCAACUUCAUCACACCUCUGAAUCAAGAGUACAAUAAUUACACCCACCCCGUCUGGAUAGGACUGUACAAUCAGUGGCUGGGGAAGUCGGAGGAAAGAAACUGGUGGUGGAUGGAUUCCUUCAAGACGGUCUAUGUGGCGUGGGCAAGAGGAGAACCUAAUAACGCCGACACCUGGGAAAACUGUGUCACGCUCCUUCCACGCAAAGGUUAUAAGAAGUGGAAUGAUGACAACUGCAUCAAGCGUUUCCCGUAUCUGUGCAAGUAUGAGCUGAAGUACCAGUAGAGGCCAACCUGCCGGUGCCUCCAGGUGAACUCCUCAGAUCCUGUGACUUUCAGCGCCACCAAGUCAGAGACGACACCCCAUGCUGCCUCUCAGCUGCCCCCCACAAAGGCUCCGGCAUCUUCCCCUCACCUAUCUGUAUGCUUGGUUCCUUUGAUUUACCCCCUGAGACUCACUCUGUCAAAGAAUAAGGACGACCUCUUCCUCUGUCCUUUUCUUCCUGAAUGCUCUGAAUAUCAGCCAACUGCGUGAGGCGGCUGCAAAAAAGGCCAAUGCUAUUUUAGGCUGCAUUAACAGAAGUCUAGUUUCCAA